AUGGGAAAAGGCACAAAAGACCAGCCCGAUGCGGGGCUGCGAAGUCUUGAUCACUAUACGAGUCGGCUACCACUCUGGCGCUACUGGCCUCGACAACAACUUCUGCCUCUGAUACGAUAUGAGACACCAUAUCUGGCUUGGGUGCAGGAGAAAGUCCGCACACCCGCGCUCGACUCCUAUUUCGCGUUCACAGCCAACCUCGGUACCCAUACGUUCUUCAUGGUCUUCUUGCCCUUCCUCUUCUGGUGUGGUUCGACGAGUUUGGGUCGCGGGCUCGUGCACAUCUUAGCCGGCGGCGUCUUUUUCAGCGGCUUCCUCAAGGAUCUACUCUGUUUACCCCGGCCGCUGUCGCCGCCGCUGCAACGAAUCACUAUGUCCGGGUCGGCCGCCUUGGAAUACGGAUUUCCCUCGACACAUUCAACCAACGCUGUCUCGGUUGCCGUCUAUGCCCUCGCCCUCCUCCAUGCGCCCGAUUCGACUCUCAGCGCAAAGACCACACUAUUCCUCCAAACGAUUACAUACCUCUACGUCGGGUCUAUCGUCUUAGGUCGCCUGUACUGCGGAAUGCAUGGGAUGUUGGAUGUCAUCAUUGGCUGUGCGAUGGGUGCAUUGAUCGGCCUCGUACAGUUUUAUUACGGUCCCGCCUUGGACCAGUAUAUUCUGUACGCGUCGUUGAAGGGGAUCCUCAUCAUCCCGCUGGUUAUUCUGGUGCUGGUCCGCAUCCACCCGGAGCCGGCCGACGAUUGCCCUUGCUUUGACGACAGUGUCGCGUUUGCGGGAGUGACACUGGGUGCGGACAUGGCCUCGUGGCGUUUCGCUAAAUCGACCUUGGCCUGGACGGAGCCUCUCCCGGGCACAAUACCCUACAAUUUCGAGGGACUGGGCUGGACUAAGACUGUCCUUCGUCUGGUUGUGGGCGUGCUGUGUGUGUUUGCCUGGAGAGAGACCAUGAAACCCUCCCUGCUGCGCAUCUUACCGCCCAUCUUCCGGAGCCUGGAAAAGCUCGGUCUGCUUCUGCCCCGGCGGUUCUUCACCAAUGCCUCGCAAUAUACUACCGUACCAUCUAACCUCAAAGACCGCGAUGUGAUUCCUAACUUUUCCGAACUCCCGUCCAUCCUCACCACGAUGCGCCACCCCCGACGCCGGGCCAUCUCCGUUGGUCCGCAGUCGGCAGCUGAUGCCUAUGAAACCCUGGCAUACCGCGAAAAACGACGACGCGAGAGUCAAUCGGGUAGCAAUCGGGACUCGCCCGCUGCCGAUGGUGAAGGCAAGGCCAAUGGGGCAGCUGUACCUUCAAGGACGCAAUCCAAGCUGGAUGAGUACGAGCACAUGAUGGGCAGAGGCAGCCCACACUCCUCCGCUGUUGAUGUGGAUUCCAGUGUCCGCUCAUCACCGCUGCCACCGCCACAAAACGAGGCCGAUAAGCCGGACGAAAAAGAGGUCUUCUCCCAAAUCAAAAAACCUCGAGUGAGAUAUGAUGUGGAAGUAGUAACUAAGCUUGUUGUAUAUGCAGGAAUCCCGUGGGUGGUCAUCGACGUUGCCCCAUUUUUGUUUGAAUGGAUUGGCCUAGGGGUUCCAGUAUAG